AUGACCAGUACUUCUACCUUCUUCCCCCGUAUGCACCCAGUUCUAACUAGGGUGGAAACUUCACGCAGGAAACGCCAAUUUGUCACUCAUCACCGUCGACUCAAUAAUAGAGGCUUGCCACCAGAGUUGCUCCUAUUAAUCUUCGAGCAAGUUUACGCAGAUAGUACGCUGAACGGAGAGUGGAUUGCGUGUAGCCCGCAGUCUCGCACACAGUUCCCAUUUGCUCCCGCGGCCGUAUGCAAGGCCUGGAGAGAUGUUCUUGCGUCGGUGCCACGCUUCUGGACACGUAUCAUCAUCAAUCUUGACACCACAAAGCUUUCAGAUAUCAACACAUACCUUCAUCUCUCCCGAAAGCUCACUUUCGAAAUCACCGUCACGCGAGAUCAACGAAUCCUUUCUAAUUCUCGCACAAAUAAUGAUGACGAGGGCGCCCAAGCAGCCGCAGUCAUGGCACUGAUUGUUCCCCAUCUACAUCGCUGCAGGGCUUUAUGUUUCCAGCUCCUUCGCAGCUCCUCUUUGCCUGCUCUCCGCCAUCUGAACGUCACUGCACCUCUCCUUGAACGGCUAAAGCUGCAAUGUGGGGUCGAUGAUGGCGAGCAUCCCCUCGUAGGCAGCGAAGUUCCUGAGCAGUGGCGCUUCUACGCUCCAGUGCUUCGGCGCCUCUUUCUCAACGGGCGCAAUUUCCGCGACGCUUGCGCCCUUCGCUGGGUCGAUUCACUUCAAAACCUAGAGGACCUAUGUGUUUCGCGCUAUUCCGGUGGUAAAUACCCAACAGGAGAGUUGCACCUGCACGACGUCUUGCUUAUCGUCGAUAGACUUCAUCGCUUGUUUGGAAUACUUCAGAAGCUGACUCUUCAAGAUGUUUCAUUUGAUGGCAUUCUUACGCGACAGGACGGCUACGACAUUCAGAUCGAAGCUGUGAGCCUGCAGUCCAUUAACCUCUCGACGGUCCGUACCAUCUUCAUGUCUAAGACCGGACCAGCUCCACGCCUCGUACACAUCAAGCACGAGCUCUCACCUUGUGUAUAUCACAUUCGCUUGACUCAGGCUGACACCCUCGUGCUGGAAGGUCCUUUCUCACACAUGGCUAAUGCUAUCAAUAUCUGGGACGGCAAUUGUCUUUCCAUCAAAAACUGUCCCACCUUCAACGAUCGUACCAUCCGUGACAUUCACCGUUUGUGGGAUCCAAACAAACUCACGUCUCCAAACUGGUCCCAACUAAAGAUAGACAAUUGCACAGAGUUCUCCGCAGAUGCGGUUCUGGCCUUGAUCGAUGCACGCAACGAUGCGGUGCAACGAGCGCGAGAUAGAGACAUCACAACACAGGCCCCUUUCAACAGCUUGCAGGUUUUGCAGGUACAUGGCGGGCCUCCCAUCUCUCCAGAGGACGCAGAGGCGUUCAAAGAGAGGUUGCUCACCUUCGAAUGGCAUGAAGCAGCCACAGGUAUAACGCAUUAG